AUGUACCAAUCAAUACAGGACAUACCGGUCGGGGAAAUCCUCCCAUUCGACCAUGUGCUUCAGCUCGCAGACCGCUCCAAGUUGCUAGCGGCAAGGGUCCAAGAGUUCAAGAGAAACGACGGUCUCAGGACGCCAGAGGAACUCAGGGUCUUGACCUCCACUGUGGACGAAGUAGAGCAGAUUUUGCGGCCCUAUACCAUGGCUGUGCUAGACUGCAUGCUUGGGGAUAUUUAUGAGAACAUCCUUCGGGAGCAAGACGGCACAAGGACGGGCUUUGAUGAAGCGAUGACGCGAAUCACCCGCGCACUUCGACCGGCCUCCUUGGAGAUGGAUUCUGAACCCAACGACAGCAUGCAUACCUUAAGUCUCGAGGAGACUCUCGAGAUUGUAGGGAGAUUCCGGCGCCUCAUCCUUGGGUUUGAGGACCUUGACAGGCUGACCCGCCAGCCCGUACAUGAUACGCUGGCUCUCAGUGAGCGGCAGGUCGAGGCCUGUGUAGAAGCUGGCCGCCUGAAGGUGCUCAUGGGCUGCGUCUUUGACGCCAUCGUCUCGUAUACCCGCGAGCGACUGCCACCUAGGAUAUCUACUUACACCGUGGUAGUGACGGUGGUUCGAUGCGAGCGUCUUCGGCGACACGAAGGCGAGGGCCCACCUCUUCUGCGAAGACAAGAUGCCACUGUUGGCCAGGAGAGAUUCGCACCACCCAGUCUACCGAGACAAGAUGCCACUCUCGGCCAAGGAAGCUUCGAACCGCCCAGUCUGCUCAGACAAAAUGCCACCGUUAGUCAAGGCACCGUAGCGUCUUCUAGGCAUUCGUCCCAGAAUACACCUCGUCUGCGAAGAAGAGAUGCCACUAUUGGCCAACGCACGGAAGCCUCAACGUAA